ACGUUGCCCCCUGCCUCUCCGCCGGGCACCUGGCCGUGCGCCGCGCACUGGCAUACGCUGCUGAAUCACUUUCACUUAUGCCGUGCGCUGUGCUGGUACUGCUGCUCUCCGUCGGUAAGGGGACACGAGCGCGAAGUUACCCGUGAAAAUCCGGAAUUGUUUCUAACAAUUUCGUACCCUAAAAGAUCAAGACAAUUUUCGGUAUCCUCGAGUCGCCGGUUCUGUGCAGUUUCGCGCCGGUGUGUGAACGUGGGACGGACCUGAAUUGGCGUGACGUUGAGUGCACGGGUGCAGAUACGGAAGGCUAGGGUGACAGGAAGGGUGGGGGUGAGCCCUUCAGGAAAAGCAACGAGGUUAGAGACAACAGUCGCACGCAGAUCGUCGUGCCGUUUGGCCGUACUCGAGGAACCGGGUACACAGACCCUAGUGCUCCAUACACAAUUCAGUUUUCUCUAAUUCCUAGCCCAAGAUUUUUGUUUAUUUAUUUACCUAUUAUUUAUUUAUAAACACAACUGUAUUUAUACCCACCGCGAACCAAGUCGCGUACACCAGUGCGUAGUGAGUACCUCUCAAGGAAUAUAAAUAAAUACUCGUGGUGGUGCAUCGCUCUCGUGUGUGUCAUACAUCAGGUUGGAUUGCAGUGCUGGAAACAAGGAAUAAAGGUGUCGUUGAUCCGUGACUAAGUGACAGAGGUUUUUCGUAUUUCGUAACUCGCUUGCUCUCAUAAUGCUCCGGACGUAUUCGCGAUUCAAAUUUGACACAGUGAUGUGGUUUCUUCUUCCAUGAGAUCCGUGCACAUUUAUGCCCCGAAACACGAGUCCCGGAGUGUCAUUCGGUCAGGGGUGAUAUGUUAUUGGAGAUGGAGCAACAUUCGGGCUUGAUAUCCCUGAACAUGUCGCCGUUCCAUUUGAGUCCUCAGGGCAGUCCCCAGAGUGCUGUCACUGGUCAGCAACAACAGCAGCAACAACACUCGAAUCAGUUCGGGUCCUCCCCUUACGGAAAUUGUGCCCAAAGUCCCUCUAUGUGUCACCCCCAGCAGAACCAGCAACAGUCCCAAAUGUCUAGCCAGGCCCACAAUCAGUCCCAAAAUUCAGGAAUGUCUGGUUUCGAGGCGGCCUUUUUUGACGCCACGAGCCUCGAGGAACGUUGUCCCAUGUGUGGGGACAAAAUGUCAGGGUAUCAGUACGGCCUCCUCACUUGUGAAUCUUGCAAGGGCUUCUUCAAGCGCAACAGUUCGCCCUGCAGCAGUAAAAAGGUCUACACGUGUCUUUUUUCGCCUACAGGAGGAGGCUGCGGCACUUCCUCGUCCUUGGAGGGCGGCACUUACGCCGGUGGAGGUGGCGGCACCGGCAACAACGGUGCAGGUGCUGGUGGAGCCGGUAACAACUCCGGCCCAACCGGUGCCGGCGCCAGCGGGAGCGUCAACAUCCCGGGCAACCUGUGCCAUCCUGGACUUGCCCAGGCGGGCGUUGGUGUUGUGACUGGUUCGAUUCCUGGUCCAUCAGACUUUCCUGACACCAAGGAUGUCAUCGAGGAACUGUGUCCUGUGUGCGGGGAUAAGGUCUCCGGAUAUCACUAUGGAUUACUCACCUGCGAAUCCUGCAAGGGAUUUUUUAAGAGGACGGUGCAGAACAAAAAGGUUUACACUUGCGUUGCUGAGAGAUCCUGCCACAUCGACAAGACGCAGCGGAAGCGCUGUCCAUUCUGCCGGUUUCAGAAGUGCCUCGAAGUUGGCAUGAAACUCGAAGCUGUGAGAGCAGACAGGAUGCGAGGAGGUAGAAAUAAGUUUGGGCCAAUGUACAAGAGAGAUCGGGCGCGGAAGCUGCAGAUGAUGAGGCAAAGGCAGCUGGCUCUGCAGACGAUUCGAGGCAGCCUUGGCGACCCUUCCAGUUACCCAUCGGCAGUAACGCCGUUCUUGCAUAUCAAGCAGGAGAUCCAGAUACCUCAGGUUUCGAGUUUGACGUCUUCGCCGGACUCGAGCCCAUCACCCGCAGCCGUAGCCGCUGGCUUGGUCACAACGCAGGCGGGCAGCGGCGGGGCUGGCCAGCACCAGAUGAUAGCUCCAUCCUCACAGCCCACCAUCUCCGGCGGCAAUCACCUCCACAACCCCAACCCGAGCCUGGAGAGCAAACUCUGGGCAGCCAACUCCACGACACCAAGCCCCAAAGCUUUCAACUUUGGAGAACAGUCGACGCAACCCCACGGUACAAACACCAACAACACAGCCACCUCCACACCCUCCGCCGGCGUGGCGCUCAAAACUAGUCCGAUGAUCAGAGACUUUGUGCAGUCGGUCGACGACCGCGAGUGGCAAACUUCCCUAUUCGGGUUACUACAGAACCAAACGUACAAUCAGUGUGAAGUGGACUUAUUCGAACUUAUGUGUAAAGUGCUCGACCAGAAUCUCUUCUCACAAGUCGACUGGGCGAGGAACUCUGUUUUCUUCAAAGAUCUCAAGGUUGAUGACCAAAUGAAACUUCUUCAACACUCCUGGUCGGAUAUGUUGGUGCUCGAUCACCUUCAUCAGAGGUUACACAAUAAUCUGCCAGACGAGACCACACUUCACAAUGGGCAAAAGUUUGAUCUCCUUUGCCUUGGCCUAUUGGGAGUGCCGUCUUUAGCUGAUCUUUUCAACGAUCUGUCCUCAAAACUUCAGGAAUUAAAAUUUGACCUCUCGGAUUACAUUUGUAUGAAAUUCCUAAUGCUGCUUAACCACGACGUUCGUGGAUUGGUAAACAAAAAGCACGUACAAGAGGGUCACGAACAGGUUCAACAGGCUCUUCUGGAUUACACGAUGACCUGCUAUCCAUCUAUACCUGACAAGUUUAACAAAUUGUUAGCAGUAUUGCCAGAAAUCCAUGUGGUGCGAGCAGGGGAGAAGACCACCUCUACCAAAAGCACUGUAACGGAGGCGCGCCGACGCAAACCCUUCUCAUGGAAAUGUUGCACGCAAAGAGAAAAUGAAACGACACUCACCUCCGGCAAUUAUGCCGAACAGUUGAAGCUUCGAAAUCUAAAACCUCAGCGUUUUAUCGCGAAGGCUCUGGCAAUGCCCCUCGUCGACGGUCCUCUGUUUCUCGACGAACAGGAGUCGUUUAGGUAUCACAAAUCGAAAUUACACUAGGCGCCCGACCUGGCCCUUUCUUGUUAUACCUACGCAAGCAAAUCAAGUAUAGACGUACAUACUUUACAUGCAUAGUGCAUACACACUCUAUGUAUUAUAAUAUGUAUAUCUAAAAUAUAUAUAAACAUAACGACAUAUAUUUUCUAUAUUUGAUGUUGAAGUUUUAGAGAUGUAUCCGUGGAGAAUCGGCUCCCGCGAUGGUGCGUGUCGAGGGGGGCAACGAGCGCAGGGAAAUAGUAAGCGAGAUGCCUUGAAAAACAGUACAAAGGGUGGUUUAAACAAAUUAUCGGUCAAAGGGCAGGCAACUUUUGUCUAAAUAUGGAUAUAAAACCUAUUUUUCUAAUAACUUAGAGAACGAUUUAUUUUUAAGUACCAUACCAUACCACUGAAGCCUUGCUCUCAAACUAAGAAAGAAAUACAAAUACCUAACGAUCUACUAUCAUUCUACUUUACAUUACUCUGCCCAUCAAACUCUUUCUCACUCCAGAAUAUUUAUAAAAAAAACUUGAGACUUUUAUAGCGUUAAGUGGUAAAUCAAAUGCGAAUAACGAUAAGCAGAGCGAUCCGCACUUGUGUUUCAAAAAGUUCUGAUUCUGCAGUCUAACAAAAGUGUAUAUGCCGCGAAUGAGCUCUGAUUUUUCUUGUUUAAAAUACAAACUUAAUUUUUUAUAGUUUAUUAAGCAUGACUUUAAUAAACGACGAAUUGAGAAAUUAGUUAUUUUUUCUUCAAAAAUUGCGAAAUUUGGAAGAGGC